AUGUUGAAAUUAUUAUUUUUAGUUUUCAUUUCUUGGGUGCAAUUGAUUGGUGCCGUUGUACCAGACUGCAAAUCCGGAACAAUCAUUUUCGAUCCCCCACUAGACAGAUCUACAGUAACCUGGUACCCAAGGAAUUUUACUAAUAAUGCACCGCUUUACCCCAACAAUUAUAAUUGCACGUAUCAGAAAAAUUCCAGAACUUCAAGUUCCAACUCUGAGUUUUUCUAUUUUAUCGCAAAUGGAGGAAAAUUGAAAUUGUCCACUGGAGUGACUUCGGCGAAUUUUGGAUUUUCUGUUCUUUGGAAGCAAUACGAUAACCCUACCUAUGCUCAUAAAUACCACGUUUCAAAGUCUGAAGCUGUACCUUUUUCCUAUGACCUGUAUGGAAACAAACCGAUUGUCGUGGAAGCUGAAACCAGAGUUUCAGCCACUAUCUUACCGGUCAACCGCUACAAAACCCAGUAUCUAAGAGGAAUCAUCUAUUUGGACGGUCCAAAUUUCACAUCUCCAUGUCUCGGCACCGGAUUACAAUUGUUAAACGGAAACACGCAAUUUGUGUCGAAAGGCAAUUUUCUUACUGUAUUGAUUCUCGGCAACUCUGGAUCCAAUCCUCUGCUUUUAUUCAACGAUUUUUACAAUAUGAACGGAAUCAAGAGAUUCGAAGCUAUUCAAUGCGAUGCUAUCUGUUCAGAAAUGAAGAUCGAUGCAUCGAAAGGAAGAUCAGUGUUUCAAGUGGACAAUGGGAAGAGUCAAUACAUCCUUCAGAAAAUGACAGGUUUCGGAAAAUUGGAUGUUUAUGCCGGGAAUUUGACUCCGGAGAAGCGGAAUUUGAUUGCAAGUUAUGAUAUUCAAGGAUGGUUCACAACUUUUGUGAUGGAAUCUGGUAAUUGCACAAUUUCUCAAACCAAUUCUGAUGCAUAUUCUCUGAAUAUUGAUUAUGGAAGAAAAGGAAUUAUAACUUCUGCCGAGUACGGUACUAGUUGGAAAAUUCAAGAUGUUGUCACUAAAAUGUAUGCCCCGGGAAAUGCGAAAUUUCAAUAUUCGGUAAAAUCGGUGGAUUUAAAAACAUGGGACAGUUUGGAGGUUGUCGGGAGGAAUGACCAGCAAGUAACGUUCAGACAAAAGUGA